ACUGCUUCCAUUUCACGCCUCCCGCGAUCGGUCAACGCGCGUCUUUGUAAUACUAAAUUCGAACAUUUGAAAUUCGAAUCUCUGCAUUCGAAUAUUUAACCGGAAACUGUAUCCUACGUUAUAUCUAUUUAAUUAUAGUUUUAAUGACUGUAACAAUGAAUUGAGAAUCUUUUUUAUUAUUAUUGUUAAUUCAAUUUAAAACGUUUUGUGUGAAGUUUACAGUUAUUGUGUGAUAAUUUUAUAAACAGUGUUGCGCAAGUUUUAAUUCUACUCCGACAAACAUUGGGACUUUCUGGAACUCACCGUGAAAUACAGACAGGAUGGCGGGUAUGAACGUGAGGCUGGCGUUUGCUGUAGUCUCCUCAGCUUGCUGGUCAGCCUUCCAGCAUGGGUACAACACUGGCGUGCUGAACGCUCCACAAGCGGUUAUGUCCGAAUGGUUGCACAAAUACGCGCUAUCUGGUACAAAUCUAACCAUUGACGCCAACUCAGACCCGAAAGUGACUUCGGUGUGGUCCGUGGCGGUCUCAAUAUAUUGCGUGGGCGGAAUGAUCGGUGGGGUCAUCACUGGAAUCAUAGCUGACAGAUUUGGAAGGAAGUGCGGUUUGCUGCUAAACAAUGUCCUCGUGUUAGUGGCGGCCGCUUUGGAAGGAUUCUCAAAGACCGCCAGCUCGGCUGAAAUGCUGAUACUAGGAAGGCUGUUAAUAGGUAUCAACAGUGGCCUGAAUGCUGGCCUGGUUCCUAUAUACCUGGCUGAAAUAUCACCAGUCUCGCUGCGAGGGUCUAUCGGCACAGUCUACCAGCUCGUGAUCACAAUAACAAUCCUUCUAUCACAAGUACUAGGCUUGGAGUCGGUGCUGGGCACGCCAUACGGCUGGCCGUAUUUGCUCGCCGUAGCGGCUAUACCGGCUGUGAUACAGUUCGUAACACUACCUUUCUGUCCGGAAUCACCCAAGUUCUUGCUUUUGAAUAGAGGAAGGGAGUUGCACGCGCAAAGAGCCCUAAACUGGCUCCGCGGAGACGUAGCUGUCCAUGGGGAAAUGGAGGAAAUGCACCAGGAGGCAGAAAAGAAUAAAGUGAGUAAGAAGGUGACCCUCCGGGAGCUGUUCAGCAACCGCCAGCUGCGGCAGCCGCUCAUCAUCGCGAUGAUGGUGAUGAUCGCACAACAACUGUCCGGGAUUAACGUGGUCAUAUUCUUCUCCACGGAUAUCUUCCUCAAAGCUGGCAUCAGUGAGAGGCACUCGCAGUAUGCGACUUUAGGUAUGGGUGCCAUGAACGUGGUGAUGACGGUGAUCAGCCUGAUGCUGGUGGAGUACGCUGGCAGGAAGACGCUGCUCCUCACCGGCUUCAUUGGAAUGUUCAUCACCACAGUAGGAUUGUUCGUCGCGAAUCUAUACACCCAAGUGUCCUGGGUUCCGUACGUGUGUAUUGCCCUGGUGAUGCUGUUCGUGAUGACAUUCGCUAUAGGACCCGGCUCCAUACCCUGGUUCCUUGUUACUGAGCUCUUCAACCAGUCGGCGCGGCCAGCAGCGACAUCUGUCGCCGUCACUGUCAACUGGACGGCCAACUUCAUAGUGGGUUUAAGUUUCCUGCCCCUCUCGCUCGCGCUUGGCUCGUACACGUUCGUGAUAUUCGCAGUACUGCAACUACUCUUCAUAAUUUUCAUAGCGUGCAAAGUGCCAGAGACAAAGAACAAAACGGUUGAAGAAAUAACAGCCAUGUUCCGGCAACAGAUGUGAAAAUAAAAAAAAAUAAUAAUAGAGGAAUGUAUUUGAUAUUCCAUUUUUAAAUCUUCGGACGUAUACGUGAUUUUUCACGAUAUGCCAGCAUGCGAAUACUGCCUACAAAUAUAUAAGUCGUCCUCAAAAAAAAAAAAAAUUAAAUAGAAAAUAGUAAUAACGUAUUUUUCGAGUUUUUUUUUCCGAUUUAAGCGUAUGAAUAUGACCUAAAAAUUUUAAUUGGUCACUAAAAAAACAUUUUUAAACUGUGCCCUAAAAAACAAAGAAAAAAAACGAAUGUUCUUAAACCAUGGAUAUAAACGUAGAUUGAGUACGUUAUACUAUAUCUAUGUUUAUAAAAGACUAGAGAUUAUAUACUUUGACAUCAAUUUGGUAAAACGUCGAUUACUUUUUAACUAAUUGUACAAUAUUUUAUCUUGUAACAAAAGUGCCUUUUAGAUAAAGGAUUUGUGACAAAUAAUAUACAAGUGUUAUAUAAAAAAAAAAACAAUUUAUUCUCCAACUUUUCAGAGCAACAUUGAAAAUCGUAAUUUUACAUUAUACAUUCCAAAAAAAAAAACAUUAUUUCUGAAAAAUAUCACAGUCAAUGAUUACUUAAUAAGUUGAUUUUUUUUAUGUCAAUUAUUUAAAGAGAUAUAAACUAUAAUAUAAUACAAACGACAAUUAUUUUGAAACGUUAAUUGUUAAUUAAGAUUCAUAAUAAGCUUAGUCAUUUUAUGGACAAAAUCUCAACUUUUAGAUUGUAGUAAACCAAGUAUUUUGUAUAAAUAUACGAAGGACAGAACAAAAAAUGAAUGUCUUGUUAAUUUUGAAUUAACCACACGCACAAAUUGUAUAAGCAUGUGUGGGUGCGCGCACGUGUGCGUAUGUGUCUGUGUAUGUAUGUGUGCAUGCGUGCGACGAGCGUAAUUGCAUGCACGUGUGCGUGUGUAUAAGUGUAUGUGUGUGUAUGCAUGUGUGCGUGCGUGUUUGUAUGUGUCCCCAUGCAUAUAUGUACGCCUGCGUGUGUGUUGUAUGUAUGUAUGUUGUGUGAUUAAGUUAAAAAAAAAGAUAUUAAUCUCCAAUGUUUGAGACAGAGAAAGAAAUUCAUUUUGUCCAUGCUUUGUAUUUAAAUAAAUUUAUUUUAAUAUUUUAUUUAUAUAUAGAAUAAACAUAUUGUAGUUAUUUAUUGUGAAUUAUUAAUAGGAAAAAAAAAACAGACGUACUUAGUUUUGAUGCGAAAUCACAUUUAUUUAGAGUUUAUGUACUUAUAAAUAAUUUAUUAUUUGUAAGCAUGUGGUCUACCAUGAAACGGAAAUCCGAAUUUUCGGGCUCAAUUUUGUGUUUUUGUUCGUACCAAAUUCGACUCAGUAAAUGGAGCUUAACAUUUCGUUCAUCAUAAAUCCUAUCCUAAUAGACUAAAGGAACGAUAUUUUAACAUUUUUAAUAAUUUUAAACGGCAUGUAUUAUGUAAUUUUAGCAUCAAAUUUCUGUUUCGUUCGUGCCCGAAAUUUCGGAAAAUAUUUCAUGGUAGGCCCUCAGAUUAUUUGCUCCGUAGAUAUAUUGACUAUUUGCUCCGACAUCGUUUAAUAUUUACAUUAAAAUAGAUAUUUCUUAA